CUGAGGGCUCGGAAGGGAGAAAGCCUCGCCAAGCUGAGCAGAGGCACCCCGCCAAAUCCCCUUCUUGCUUGCGCCGGGGCAGCUUCUGCUCCUCCUGCUGCGGCGUUAGGCUCGUGCAGGGAUGUGCCACCCUCUUACGUCCGCGACGCCGGUUGACUCAGUCCCCCCUUCUCCCAUCCCCCACCAAGCAUUUUCGUCCUUCCAUCGCCUUCUAUAACACUUAUUGCCGACCGGCCUGUCCUCAAAAGGCCACAAAUCCACACUUCCCUCUGCCACACCAGCCACACAAAGAGCCCGAACAAGGACCCCCAAAAACUGACGCAACAGAACCCUCUUUUGCGCAACUUCCACUUUGACAACCACGAUCACCACCACCACCGAACAACAAGAGAAAGGAACAGCACGCCAGUUCUUCUCUGACCUUGCCAAUCGAUAGGCCCAGCAACUUGCAUAUCCUCUUCACCAUCCAUCACACACGUACUGCCCACCAUGGAUGACUGGGACACCGCCACCAAGAUUGGCUCCAAGGUCCGCGGCGGAGCCGCGCAGAGAGAAACUGUCAUCAAGGGAAAGAGCGCUCUCAACGCUGCACAGCGCAGUGGUUCCGUCAUUGCAACCGAGAAGAAGUACGCCGCCGGCAAUGCUGCCACCAAGCCCGGUGUCGAGGGCCAGCGCCUGACCAAGGUCGACCGCUCCGACGACAUCAUCAAGCCCAACACGGUCGGCAAGCAGGUCGGCGACGCCAUCUCCCAGACGCGCCAGAAGAUGGAGCCCAAGAUGACGCAGAAGGACCUCGCCACCAAGUGCAACACCACCCAGUCCGUCGUCGCCGAGUUCGAGCGCGGCUCCGCCGCCCCCGACCAGAAGAUCCUCGCCGCCAUGGAGCGCGUCCUCAACGUCAAGCUGCGCGGCAAUGACAUUGGCGCCCCCCGGUUCGCCAAGAAGAAGUGAGCGGGUUGAGUCCCGGUCUCCCGCGACGGAGAUUGCUUACCCUCUCGCCCUUUGUUGUGUCGAAACCCAAAUGGUGGCAAAUGUUAUGGGAGGAGGACGGGAGGACGGGAGGACGGGGGGCUUUUCGGGGCGAGGGAAACCCUGCGAGGUUCAGCGCUCUCGCAGCUCUCGCCCAUAUGAUCCCUAGCCCUUCCUUUCGCUGGGAGUCUGGUCUUUGGAAGGUCGAAAAAGGUCUUGAUUUAUGACCCGGUUGGUUGCAUAGCACACGAACAAGACUGAGAAACAUCAAAGCUGGACAGAGUGUCUCGAGAGAUUGGCUCUCGACGAUGGUUACGGUUCCUAGACGUUUUACAGCACAAUAGAUGAGUCGGCACUGCAAAGCUGACGAUUACACGAAU